AGCGCACCGAGAACACACAAAGCUGUUGGUUAGAACUGGAAGGACACCCAUCGAAUAGAGACAUAUGAAGGCAGAUGAGCUGAACCCAGGUGGUGGGGCUGCGCUGCCGAUUUCACUAGAGCCGCAUCCACCAGCGGCAUUCAUCAAGCGCUUUGCCAUACUGGACUCUUCUGACGAGGGCGAUAUCGAUGUUCCCGCUGGUGACGGGUCCGCCCGCUCGGCAAACCACUUCGAUAGCAUCAAACUUGACUGGUCCGGCAUGCUGGCCGAGAGCAGCGACUCCACGCCCACUCCUCCGCUGCGUGCCAAAACCGCCCUCGCGGCGCCGCUGAAGCCGAUGGGGGAGCUCGUCUCCACAGAAGACGGCGUCAACGCACCGGCACCACCAACUGCAGCGAGUGUGCCUGCUGCAACUGGCACAACGAAGCUCAUUUCGUCAUUUCGGCAACUCGAACUGUUGGACAGUGACAACAGCGAUGACGGCGCGGCGUUGGAAGGAGCAGCGCGGACGCCACUGCGCUCUCGGCUUGAGCGCGCGCGGCAGUCGGCGGGCCCAGGGGCGGCGCCGGCGCCGGCCACCCUCAUACCGCAGCCAUCGGCGGAGGUAGCUACUGCCUCGCCGCAGCUCACCCCGCCGUCCACGGCGUUGCUGGUCGCAUCCACAGGGACGACGAACGAGUCCGUUACGGCGACUCGCUCGCACGUCUCGCGCCGUCCCGAGGCAACGUUGGCGACGCAUCCCGUGGUGCACGCGUCACCCACUGCUGCCGCCGCUGCCGUUGUGUCCACCGUGCAAACUCCGCCGCCUCCCUGCCCGGCCACGGCAGCCCCCGCACAAGGACCCACGAAAACGCGCGCCUCUCAGCGACGGCCGGCACCGUUAAGGAAACUGAAAAAGGCGCACCAGGAAGCGCCGAUUGCAACGACGACUGCCGCUGCUGCUCCUGCCGCACCCACCCGCAGCGCAGAGCCCGACCUCCUCUCUCCUGGCGUGGAGUACACCACCGUGCCUCGCUGGACCAAAGGCAUGACGAAGAAAAACGGCGUCUACGUACAGAGCUCCGUUCUCGCCAGCCGAACAGGGCUGUACGAGCGUGGGCUGAAGGGGCUCAAGCGUGCGGAGGAGAAGCGAGAGGAGCUACGCGCGAAACUGGAGGAGGCGGAGCGCAGCGCCACCACCUUCCAUCCCGUCAUCUCGCCUCGCGCACGCGCGUUGAAGCGCGACGCUCGGUUGGGCAGCGCGGCGUCCGCAGAGCAGGAGAUGUCCCCCCAACUGCGGCACCGCCUCCAGCUGCUGGAGCUGCCCGACGAGGCGGCGGCAACGUGUCGGCACAGCCCCCGCAUCUCGGCCACGUCGGAGAGAAUCGUGAGGGGUUGCCGCGAGCGCAGCAGCGGGGCCGCAGUGCCAGCAGGAGACCGACUCUACCAGGACUACUUCAACCGCCAAGAGGCGAUGGAGACGGCGCAGCAGGAGAUGCCGCCGUCGCAGCCGCCCGUCGUCGUCCGCUCGCAACGCGAAAUUGCGGCGCACAUCGCCUCCCUCUACGAGUUUGAGGAGCAUCGACGUCGCGCCAUCGCCAACGCGCGCGAGGCCCCGCUGCCCGCUGCACCGAAAGCACCUCUGCAGGUGUAUGUCGAUCCGACCGACUUGGUCCGCCGCCUCACGCGGGCAGCAACGCCGUCGCCGCGGCGGCUUGCGCUGACGCGGCAGACGAGUGACGAGUGCACCUUCCAGCCUCAGCCCAACCCCAACGCCGCGGAAUUGGCGCGAGUGGCGCGCCAGCGCGGCCUGCGGCGGUGGGUGCGGCACUUCAGUGGGUCGGAGACGCUGACCCUCUCGGCUCUCCUCGACUACACCGGCCCCGCGAGCAGGGAGGCGCAGUGCGUGGCAGCCGUGCUGUCGCAGCGUUGCUCCCUGCAGUCGGCGUGGACGGUGGAGGAGCUCGUAGCGGCGUUUGAAGGAGCAGAAGACGUGGCCGUGGAGCAGCUCUGGCGUCGCUAUCCACCCACGGGCGAAGGAACGUCGUCCACCACCGUCGACCUGACCUUCCACCCGGCGCUCAACGUGCACAGCGCUGCCAUAGUGGAGAGCAUGGAGCCGGAGCAGCGCUGCGGGCCGACGUACGACCGCCUCUUCCUCGUUGCCAAGUCCAAGCAACUGGCACAGAAGCAGCAGGAACUGGAGGCGGAGCAGGCGACCCUGGAAGCGGAGCAGCGCAGACACGCCAUAAAAGAGCGUGUGCAGGCGGAGUGGCGGGCCAAGGAGCGCCGGCGCCUUGACGCUUACCGCGAGGAAAAGGCAUGCCAGAAUGGUGAGGAGGCGCCGCCCUCCACACAGUCGCCGCGGACGGGCUUGACGGCGCAAAAGACGUCUCGGCGACUGCUGAUGCCGUCGGUGUCACCGAAGGACACGGCGCGAGUGAGAAAGCAGCCUUCGCCGUCUCCCACGAAGCCAGCGGAUGCACCAACCUACGCCACGAAAUACGCGUCCGCGGGCCGUGCUUCUCCUCACUCGUCAACGCUGGUGACUGCGGCGGUGCGUCCGCCGUCGCCUCCACCAACAACAGUCCCACCUUUUCCUCCUGCGAAAAUGCAUUCGGAUGGAAGGAUUAGCGUGGAGGACAGGAGCCUCGCAGGAGAGCCGUCUGCCAUUCCUCUUUCCACCGACCCCUCAAAGCCGGGAAAAGAAAUGAUGGACGAGCCAACGCACGCGACAGAGGCACCAACACGGAGGGAGAACCAGGAGUUGAGCAGCGCAGCGGAGGCGUUGCGGCAGCUUCUUGGCGGCACAACUCACUCUUCCGCCCAACCAACGCGCGCUCCUACGAAGGCGGCGGCAACGCAGUCGCACGCCAACUCAACCCCCAUGACGCCGCAGGACAUCAACCGUCCGCGCGACAGCAAGCCCAACUGCCGCCCUCUCGAUGUUGUGUUAGAGUGCGCCGCGCUGCGUGAUCCGGCGACAGUGUCGUGCGGCGAGCGAGGGCCGCUGGAGCGGGCCCAGAAGCGUCAAUUGCGGGAGCUGGGGCGCCUCUUGUACAAUCGCAGUAGAGCUAGAAUAGAGGACAAGUGA